AACAUGCCCGUCCCCUUUCGACCUUGCAAGACAUGCGCAGUCAAUAACCUGCCAGUCCCGCGCGCUUGCGCUGUAGAUACUUUUUUCCGCCACCUUUUCUCUUCUCUACCUUCCAGUUAGUCUGUUCGUUCACUCAAGCAGCUGCUUUGUUGAUUGCUCGCUCCCGCUCCUUAGCCUGGCGCGCGGAGGAAAGGAGGUGGAGCUGCACGUGAUCAGCAACCGCGGUCCGGGUUGGCAGUCAAGCGAGCAGGGCGGUUGGUUCCGGCUCCGACCAGUUGGGGCUGGUUUUCUCCGCGCAAGCGUAGCCUGCCCCGGUUAGAGACCUGGGAAAGGCGAUGGCGACGGACGGGAGUCCUGGAGCGGACCUGGCCGGGAUGGUCGAUGAGACGCGGGGGGAGCCUCAGGGCACACCAGGCCCGAGCCCUGGAGCUACUGUCGCCCCCCCAACCGAGUCCCCCCCUACGAGACCCGAUCCAACGGGACCAGAAGCGGAUCCCGAGAGCGGCUCCGGAGUUGUGGGCAAUGGGGGCGCGCGACGGUUCCUUUGCGGCGUCGUAGAAGGAUUUUAUGGAAGACCUUGGGUUAUGGAACAGAGAAAGGAGCUUUUUAGAAGACUUCAGAAAUGGGGACUAAAUACAUACCUAUAUGCACCAAAAGAUGAUUACAAGCACAGGAUGUUUUGGCGAGAAAUGUAUUCUGUGGAGGAAGCUGAGCAGCUCAUGACUCUCAUCGCAGCUGCUCAAGAAUAUGAGAUAGAAUUUAUUUAUGCCAUCUCUCCUGGACUCGAUAUUACCUUCUCAAACCCCAAAGAAGUGUCUACAUUGAAACGCAAGCUGGACCAGGUUUCUCAGUUUGGUUGCAGAUCUUUUGCGUUAUUGUUUGAUGAUAUUGAUCACAAUAUGUGUGCAGCAGACAAAGAAGUAUUCAGUUCUUUUGCACAUGCCCAGAUCUCAAUCACUAAUGAAAUCUAUCAGUAUCUAGGAGAGCCAGAAACAUUCCUGUUCUGUCCCACAGAAUACUGUGGCACUUUCUGUUAUCCAAAUGUUGCUCAGUCUCCCUAUUUACGAACUGUAGGGGAAAAGCUGUUACCUGGAAUUGAUGUGUUAUGGACAGGUCCCAAAGUGGUAUCUAAAGACAUUCCAGUGGAGUCCAUUGAAGAAGUUUCAAAGAUAAUUCGUAGAGCUCCAGUCAUUUGGGACAAUAUUCAUGCUAACGACUAUGAUCAGAAAAGGCUGUUUCUUGGUCCAUAUAAAGGUCGAUCAACAGAACUUAUUCCACGUUUAAAGGGAGUCCUGACCAAUCCAAAUUGUGAAUUUGAAGCCAACUUUGUUGCUAUUCACACCCUUGCAACUUGGUAUAAAUCCAACAUGAAUGGAGUGAGAAAAGAUGUUGUGAUGACUGACACUGAAGACAGUACAGUUUCAAUCCAGAUUAAAUUGGAGAAUGAAGGCAGUGAUGAAGACAUUGAAACAGAUGUUCUCUAUAGCCCACAGUUGGCAUUGAAGUUGUCAUUAACAGAGUGGCUACAGGAAUUUGCAGUACCUCAUCAGUACAGCAGUAGGCAAGUGGCCCACAGUGGCGCUAAAACAAGUGUUGUGGACGUACCUCUGGUUGCGCCAUCCUCUCUAAAUUCUACCACUGUGGUUACAACAGUUUACCAAGAGCCCAUAAUGAGCCAGGGAACUGCACUAAGCAGUGAGACACAGGUUCUUGUCAAAGAGGAGGAAAAGAAGCAAUUGGAUGAGGAGCCAAUGGACAUGGUAGUGGAAAAGCAAGAGGAUGCUGACAAGAAUAUCAAUCAAAUAUUGACUGACAUUGCUGAAGCAAAAAUGUCAGAGGAGUUAAAACCAAUGGAUACUGAUAAAGAGAGCAUAGCUGAAUCAAAAUCUCCAGAGAUGUCAAUGCAGGAUGAUUGUGGUAGUGAUAUUGCACCUAUGCAGACAGACGAGCAAACUAACAAGGAGCAGUUUGUGCCUGGUCCCCAUGAGAAGCCGUUAUAUGCAGUAGAACCAGUGACUCUAGAAGAUCUACAAUUACUUGCAGACUUGUUCUAUCUCCCAUAUGAGCAUGGGCUCAAAGGGGCCCAAAUGUUACGAGAGUUCCAGUGGCUCAGAGCCAACAGCAGUGUUGUCAGUGUGAAUUGCAAAGGAAAGGACUCGGAAAAGAUUGAAGAAUGGCGUGCUCGAGCCACCAAGUUUGAAGAGAUGUGUAGCUUGGUGAUGGGCAUGUUCACUCGUCUUUCCAACUGUGCCAAUCGGACAAUCCUCUAUGACAUGUACUCAUAUGUCUGGGACAUCAAGAGCAUCAUGUCAAUGGUGAAAUCUUUUGUGCAGUGGCUAGGGUGUCGUAGUCAAUCUUCAGCACAGUUCUUAAGUGGAGACCAAGAACCCUGGGCCUUUAGAGGUGGUCUAGCAGGAGAGUUCCAGCGUUUGCUGCCUAUUGAAGGAGCAAAUGACCUCUUUUUUCAGCCACCUCCUCUGACUCCAACUUCCAAAGUCUACACCAUCAGGCCCUAUUUUCCUAAAGAUGAGGCAUCCGUGUACAAGAUCUGCAGAGAAAUGUAUGAUGAUGGAACUGAUCAGCCUUUCCAUAGUCAGCCAGACCUAAUUGGAGACAAGCUGGUAGGUGGUUUGCUUUCCCUCAGCCCAGAUUAUUGCUUUGUGCUGGAGGAUGAAGAUGGUAUCUGUGGCUAUGCACUGGGCACCGUUGAUGUAACUCCUUUCAUCAAGAAAUGCAAAAUUGCCUGGAUUCCUUUCAUGCAGGAGAAAUACAGCAAGCCGACCAGUGAUAAGGAGCUGUCGGAGGCAGAGAAAAUUAUGCUGAGCUUCCAUGAGGAGCAAGAAGUUCUGCCAGAAACAUUUCUUGCCAACUUCCCUUCACUGAUAAAGAUUGACAUCCAUAAAAAGGUGACUGAUCCGAGUGUGGCUAAAAGCAUGAUGGCAUGCCUGCUCUCCUCUCUCAAGGCAAAUGGCUCCCGUGGGGCUUUCUGUGAAGUGAGACCAGAUGAUAAAAGAAUCCUGGAAUUUUACAGCAAGCUGGGAUGCUUUGAAAUAGCUAAAAUGGAGGGAUUCCCGAAGGAUGUCAUUAUUCUUGGAAGGAGCUUGUGAGGACGUUGUUGGUGAACCUUUGAUACUGUAAUCAAGUAAUGGUUGGAGAGCCUGAGGUUUUAUCUUAUUGUCUGUCCAUGCAAAGGCAGCAGUCAGCUGGCCUGACAGGAGCUAUGUGAAAAUUCACCCAUUACCCUUUCUGAGAUGCUGCUCAAAACACUAUUUGGAAAAUGGAUACUGGUCAUCGUCAUUUCCUGGUCUUAAGCAAAGUGUCAAGGAAUACUGCAUAUUAUGUAGCCUCGGGAAGAGAUUCAUAUGAAUUCCCAAAGAGGUACUGGUGGCAGUUCCAUGCAUCCACCUCUGUGCUCAACAGAAUGGUUGUCUUUUCCAGAAAGUCCUGACAUGAAAUGCUUCUCCCCUGGAUCUUGGUCUUGAUGUGGGAUCUCUCCUUUUACAGAGGAAAGCAGGGUGCCUGUGUUGGUCAGGUUAAGGACAGACAAACACUGACAACUCUAGGUUUGUUGAUUGUCAUGCUUGCUGAUAGGGAAAUUAAUGACCAUCACUUAAAGAAUUGGUUAAGCUUCGUGCUUCAUAGGGAUAAAAACUGUGCAUUUGUCUGUGGCAAGGUCACUCAGUGGAAGAAGUGUAAAUUUCAGUGUAUAAAUAUAUAUAAACUCACUGUACGCUUAUACUUUGUGUUUAAUUGUUUUGUAAUGUUUUUGCUUUCUGAAGCAAAGUGGUAUUCUGAGACAGCACUUUUGAAUAAUGUCAAACCACAAGAGAGGCUGAAGCCAACUUCACUACAGGCCUUUUCUACCGUGCCUCAUGACCUUCACUAGAAAUGCCGCUGUGGGAAAAGACCAGUGCUGAUCUAGAAGGGUCGUUCCUUGAGAGGACAAAUUCUUAAAAGGUGGAGUAGACACUGCCUCCUACUGGGGAUAAACUACUCAGAGGGCAAUCUAGUGAAAUCAUUAAUGCCACUGACAGCCAGCCAAAUUGCCUACCCAGACUGGGUGGGUGGGUGGAAUACUGUGAUUUACAGCUGCCCCCUCCCCAUGUCAGUCAUUCCGUCUAAAUCAGGGUCUUCAAGUCAUGCACGUUUGUGACAGACUUUUUGAUGGACAAAAAUAAGCACAUUUUACACAUCAUUUAAGUAGUUACCUAAUUUUAAUAUUACUGCCUGUUCCAAGCAUUUACAUUUCCCCCUCAAAUAAGAAAAGUGGAAUCUGCAUGGCUAGGAGUUGUAGUAGGUGCAUCACUUGGAAGGAGUUAUUCCCGUUCAUUUAAUGCUUUGUUCCUAUGGGGCAGUCAACCAAUACAGCACCUCAUUUUUCUCACCUGCUACGGUCAGCUAUUUUGGCUACCUUUGAAAAUACUCCCUUUUUGAAAAAAUUAAGUUUAAUCUUUUUUUAAGCCCUCUGUGUAAACUUUGAAGAGGUUUUAUGUACUUUUUCAAAUGGCAAUUUUUUGUCAGUGUAGUUUGCAGGCCCUACUGAGAAGCUGCUGUUCAGCCUUCAUUAUAUGUUCACUAUGAGAACAGUUUUAGCAAGUUAUUUAAGCUGCAACAAGUACAUUUCACUUGGGAUGCGAGGCACUGAACUAUGAUGAUAGCUCUUGUGUAAUUCCAAGCUGGCUUUCAUGAGGUUUGUAUGGCGUUGAGUGUAUGCACAGCAGCUAGCCACUUGGUUUAGUUUUAAUUAGAUACCAGGAACAUUAUCUGGAUUUACGGCAUUAUACAUUUUGGGGGAGGGGGACAUCUUGGUUUUUAUACUGUUAACAGAAAUUCUUAUAAAUUUAUCACUGUUAAGUUAAUUGUGUGAUGAUCUUGAAAGUCUGGGUCAGUCCCUCACUCUGGAGUUGUAAAGCGAUGCAUUGACACAGCUUUCAUGGUUAUCAGUUUUCACUGCGUACAGUUGGAAUGCCACUUUCAUUACUGUCUUUAGACCUACUGUAUCUGUAGCAGAACAACGGACUGUGUAAAAUUGUAUUUGAAGACCAUGUGAGAAAUAGAAUAAAUUGCAAAGUGAAUGUAAA